AUGAACAAAUUUAUUUUUUAGAUGAAAAGCUAUUACGUUCAAGAAUUUUUGAAUGCAAAAGAAACUUGGAGGAAAUCUUUUAAAAUAGCUGUUGUGAUUUUGUUGAUUGAAAAUAUUCAAAUGCUGUCAGUUUAUACUUAGAAACUAAAUGCGUUUGAAUAUGAUUAGUUUUUAAACCAUAUAAGAAAUUUUAUAGAUUACUUUAGGUCAAGUUAUUUUAUAUAUAUUAGAUUUUACACAAUAAUUGGAAAUUCGAUCAACCUUAGAAUUAUAUUUGUUAUUUUUGGAUUUCUAUUGUAAAGCAUACUCAUUUUACUACUGCUGUGCUAGAUUUUCAAAUUGAAGGUGGUUAGGAUGAAAAACUAAGGCCUUUAAUUUUUGGCAAUAGAACAAGUAAAACUAAAAUAACUAUAUAAGAAUCUUGAAACAAUUGUUGAGUAGAAUCAUCUAAUAAAUAUGAUAUUGUCCUUCUUUUUCUAGAUUCAUCAUGGAUUAUUAUAGGUCCCAUUACUCUUUUGUGGAUUCAGUUUAGUUACUGAAUUAUUCAAUUUUAGUAUGAAAUUAAAAUAUGAAAGAAAAUUACUCUUAUUUUGAAUUGGCUGGGUUCAUCUUUGCCAUAAUAACUAUCGGUUAACAAAUAACAAUAGGAUUAUUAAUAAAUUUGCAUUAGUUCGAUCAUCGGAUGAAGAACUACGACUAUUUGGGCAAAUUUUAAUCAUAGAAAUUGCAUCUACUUUAUGCAUUCUAAUUAAUGUAUAUAUUUAUAAUAAUUAGUAAUUUAGAGUCAUAUUUUUGUCUGGUAUUCAAGCAUCACUAUUACUUGUUUAAUUGUUUGGAAUAAUCAAAUCAGUAAUUCAAAUUCUUUGCGAUUAUCAUUAAUAAAUAUAUAUAGAUUAUCGGAUAUCAAGAUUGAAUCUGAGAAUUGUUGUUUUUACAAUAAUAUAUUAAUUGCUGUUGAUAAUAUGCCAAUAUGGUUAACCGGCUUUAAAAAUUAGCAUAGUGCUAUUGAUAUUGCUAUGUUAUCCCCCGUUGAUAUUUCUGACAAAUGAAAUUUUAAUUAGAUAAGAUUUGAAAAACACUAACUAUUAGUCUAGAGAUUUGGAGAAAUACAUUAGAAGAUUGUACAUAAUCUUCAAAUAAUAAGUGGAACUGAAAAAACAACAAAGACUGCUUGAUCCAAAAUAAUCAUUAGAGAUUUACACAUUCAUCUCAAGACAUUUGAGAGAAUGUAAAAUGUAAAGAGAAAGAAAAAUGUUGAAGAAUAUUAAGCUUAAAUAUAAGUGUUUUUGCCAAGACUUCUUUCUUGGAAUUGAUUCCUUCUAAAGUUUGGAGUCUAUGAAACAAUUUGCUAAAGGAUUGAUUGGAUAAACACUUGAAGAUGAAAUCAUUGAAAAGGCAAAUACUAACCUAGCAUUAAUCUAUAUAUACUUUUUAGUUUAAAUUAAAAAAGUACCAACCUAAGCAAUCUAUGAAGUUAUUAGGUUCUCUAUGGUUGAAAAAGUAUUUAUUUGAAUUUAAUAUUAUAAGGAAUAACCUCUAAAACAAUAAGCAAUUGUACAUAAAUUAAAAUAGGAUGCUUUAUAUAAGUUCAGCGAAUUAGUAAAAAAAAAUGAUUUAGUAAAUCAAAAAUUCGUGUUUAAGAAAGUUUAUCAAUAUGAAGAAUCACUGAAUGUUUUGAAAUAAAAUUUAUGUUUAGUUGUUAAAGAAGAAAAGGUAUAUCAAUUUAAAAUAUUGAAGGACUUUUAUGGUUGUAUUCUUACUUAGAUUAUUGACAUUGAUAUGCUUUUGGAUAUUGGAUUCAAGUUAAUUAAAAAUAUUAAAAUACUUGAGAAGUAGUUUUAAUUGUUAUUUAAAACAAAUCCUUAAAAUAAUGAAUGUGAUACUAUUUUUAACAUAUUCCACAAAUAUGUCCACUAUAAUAAAUUCAGGCCAAAAUUAUAUAGAAGAGAAGGUCAAAUAAUGAUGCAAUUUUUAUAAUCAGCAGAGAAAAUAAUCUAUGACCCAGGGAGCUGCGUGAUAUAAAUAACCUUACUAUAACCAAGAGGAAAUGUUAUCAGAUACACAAGAUCAUUUUAGAAGGCUAUUGGGUUUAAAGAUGAGGAGAUUUAAAAUCAGAACAUUAACAGAUUUAUGCCUCAAAUAAUAGCAAAUGAUCAUGAUUUAUAUCUGGACAAUUUUGUCGAGAGAGGCAGAAUAAAUGUGGUUAGAAGUGCUGUGAGAGUAAUUUUGGGAAAGACCAAAUCCUAAUUUGUAGUCCCUAUCAAUACUAGACUAAGAAUAGAAGCAAGUCCAACUGAAUUUGGAGCUACUGCCUUAAUAACCCCAGUAAAUCUGACGUAUGGUUAUAUGAUGUUAAAUGAAUAAGGUUAGAUUGAGGAAUUGACUUAGAAUUUAUUUGAGAGUGUUUUUGAGAAACAUUUAGGAUUAGAACUUAGUUAACUCAAAGGAUUGGAUUGUUUGUUUUUCAUUCCUGAAUUAGCAAAGAUUUGGGAUACUUUAUUCGAUGAUCAUUUUGAUAGAUUAGACAAAAGAUUUGAUUGCUAAUUAAUUCUUCCAAUGAUCAAUAAAUAAAUGAGUAGGAGUCUAGUUCGAACAAGAUCCAAUAUAUUUUCUAGAACUACUAUUCAAUCAAAAAUUGCUAAAUAAUUUGAAAGUCUACCUCAUGAAAAUGUGGUUUAUUAGAUUUCUGUCCAUUUAAUGAGUCUAAUAACUAUAAAUCUUAGGUAGAAUGUAUAUUUAUGUUUAGAUUAGUUAUUGUUGAAAUCCCUGAAUUUAAAUAAUUAAUGAAUCAAAAGAUAACCAGUAGACAACUAGUUCAAUUAAGAAAUAGAUCUUCAUAAUUAAUUAACAUCUCUUCACAGAAUGAAAUUCCAACUCAGAAAACAGAUCUCAUAUCUUCAUUGAAUUCUCCUCCUGGAAAUGGUCCUCUAAACGAAUGCGAUUUGGAAUAUGAAAAUUUAAUCGAAGAUAUUAAGAUGAUUGAAGAAUUAAGGAACUAAUUAGCAACAAUUAAUAUUAAUAGCACAACUCAAAAUAAUCAAAAAGAUCCCUUUUUAUUAUAAAAUAGUGAAAAUUAACUUGAAGGAAGAAUAAUAGAAUUUCAAAAUGAUCCAUCAGAAAAGAGUAAUGAAUUUAGUGAAGCAGAAUCUGAUCUUAAAGACAAUGCAUAAGAACAGCAAAAUGUGCAAUAUAAUAAUGGUUCAGUAGGGAGUAGAUCAUCUUAAAAUAAUACAACAGCACUUAAAAGGUAAAUUAAAGAUUGUCUAUCUGAUUCUAAGGGAUUGACUGUAAGAACCAAAUUGUUUCUGCUUUUCAUCUAUGUGUUAAUAUUAUCAGGAUUUUUGAUUAAUUUCCUGAUAUUGUAUUUUAAUUUUGAGAAAAUACACGAAAAUUAAAAUUAUGAAAAUUUACCAUUCCAAUUCUCUUACUAUUACAAUGAAUUCAUUAUCGAUUAAUCUUAUUUAGAUGAGGUUCAAUUUGAUUUUAAUCAAUUAAGUAAAAUAGCCUUCCAAUAUUUCCUAAUUAACAUUAAAAAUAUUGACAAAACUAUUGCUUUGUUACCUCAUAUUAAUGUUGUCAGUAACCUUACUAUGGAAAGCAGAACAUUGAAUAUUGUGUCUCAACUUACAAAAGUGUUAAAUAUGAAUGAUUAAAUUAAUUAUUCUGAAUUCUAUAAUAAUACUGAUGCUUUCAAUAUUUAGAUUAGUGAGAUUUAGAACACUGAUUCAACCAAAAACUUACUCAGUUUAUCAGUCUUGUAAUUUUUAUAGUUUUAAAUCUUAGUGUAAUUGUCGAAUAGAUAAUCUUAUUGAUUUUACUUGGAAACUACAUAUACUUAUGUUUUUAAAUUAUAUAGAUGAAAUAGAAGAUUUACAAAUUGUUUUGUACUUUUUCUAAAGAAGUUAUCUAAGAAUAAUUUGUUUAAUUCAGUUCCCUUUAUACUUAAUUAAACAACACUAGAUUUAGAAAUCAUGAAACUGAUGAAGAAUAAUUUGAAACUACAAUGAUGCGUUAAUAUUAGAAAACAGUUACUUCAAAUAUGUUAGAUAAACAUAAUAGAGUUGGGAAGUAAAUUUCGCAGAAAUGUAUGGUAUUUAAACUACUAUUCUAGAAACUAAUUCAGCUUAAAUCUUUUUCUUCUUAUUCAUUUUUAUAUAUGCCUUUAUUUGUUCAUGUUAUUUUGUUGGAAGUUUCAUCUUAUAAUAGAUCACUCAAUCAAAUGUAUCUGCAAGAUAUCAAGAAAAAACAUCAUUCUCAAUUACCUUUAAUUCUUUAGCAUCCACUUAUGCUCAACAAGCCAUUCUCCUAAAUAAUACAAUCACAUCCGACAUGAUUGAUUAUUAUGAUGUCGCUGUUGAAUAAUUAGGGCAGUUAACUACAAGUCUCUCAUUGUACUAAGAAGAUUAAAAUCUUUAAGUCUAUGGAAUUUUAGUUGAAAAUUUGUGCAAUCUGUUUCUGAGCGAAUUGUAAGUAUAUUAACUUAUUGUAGAUCCUAUAGUUAUGAAGACUUUUAGAAUCUUUUUACUCUUUAGUAGUGUUAAUCUAUUUCUAUUCUUCAGAAGGGGUUAAGUUCAGUAGUCUAAGACUUAUAUUCACAUUAAUUAGACUUCCUAUAAGGAAUUACCAUAAAUUAAUUAAAUGGCUUUAAGGAAUCAUAUCAAGAUUCAUAGAUCUAGAUACAAAGGUUAUAUGCACAAUACGGAUUUUAAGUUAUUAUCGAACUGCUUACAAAUUAAAUUAAAUCUUUAAUAGAUUCGACAUUUUUAAUCAAUGCAGUCAUGUUUGCCUUUGCGUGCAUCAUUAUGAGCAUAUCAUUGAUUGCAACUAAACUGUCAAUAGAGAAAGUUAAAUAAUAAUAUCAGGAAAGUAAGCAAUUGUUAACAUUGUUCCCGUUUGACAGAUUGAUGGAGAAUGCUUAUGUAAUUAGUUUCAUUACGCAUGAUUUGCAUUUUUCAGUCUGA